AAGCCCAGAGGCCCCCUCCGCACAGGCAGAAUAACGCGCUUUCGAUCCUCUGGCAGGGCGGUUUGCAAGCGCACUUUGCUGCUCCGGGGCUCCGUUCCGCUUUAUCCUGCCCGCUGCAGAAGCCUCCUCCCUGCAGGGUCUGCGCACGGGCAGGCGGAGGCUCGGCCCAAAGAGCCACCGGCAGAACUUCUGCCUGCAUGAUCGGCCAGGCCGCCGCGGGCGAGAGCGGCUUCCUUUGGAGAGGAAACGGAGGGGCGGUUCUAGGACCCCGCGGGAUCUUCCGCCCCGCCCCGCCGCAGUGACUCGCUCGGGCGUGGUAGAUCCCAUAGAGCUUCGACCGGAGAUCCGCCUGCAGCGGAAUCUACUAGGAAGCGGCGCCUGCGAGGAGCUACAGAAGAUGUUCCUGGUCAAAAACUUCCUUGGAGGGGGCGGCGGUGGCGGCGGCGGCGGUGGAGGCAACAUCAACAUCGGCAAUGUGAUUGGAGGAUUUCUCAGCGGGGGAGGUGGUGGCGGCGGUGGCGGACGAGGAGGUGGCGGAGGUGGCAGCGGUGCUCUUGGGAUCCUGGGAGGAGUCAUCAGCGCUAUCAGUGAAGCCGCUGCUCAGUAUAACCCGGAACCCCCGCCGCCUCGCAGCCACUUUUCCAACAUUGAAGCCAAUGAAAGCGAUGAGGUGCGGCAGUUCCGGCGGCUUUUCACUCAGCUGGCAGGAGAUGAUAUGGAAGUAAGUGCUUCGGAGCUGAUGAACAUCCUCAAUAAAGUGGUCACCAGACAUCCUGACUUGAAGACUGACGGCUUUGGAAUCGACACUUGUCGUAGCAUGGUGGCUGUCAUGGAUAGUGACACAACUGGUAAAUUGGGCUUUGAGGAAUUCAAGUACCUCUGGAACAACGUUAAGAAGUGGCAGUGUAUCUACAAACAGUAUGAUACGGACCGAUCUGGGACCAUCGGCAGGAAUGAACUCCCGGGAGCCUUUCAGGCAGCAGGUUUUAGACUGAACGAGCAGCUGUACAGCAUGAUUGUGCGCAGGUAUUCGGACGAGAAUGGGAACAUGGACUUUGACAACUUCAUCAGCUGCCUGGUGCGCCUGGAUGCCAUGUUUCGUGCCUUCAAAUCUCUGGACAGAGAUGGGAGUGGACAGAUCCGAGUGACCCUGAAGGAGUGGCUGCAACUCACCAUGUAUUCGUAAGAACUAGGAGGACACACGUUUCUUUGACCUUGUCAAGCCUGCCUGGAAUAUUUUACAACUCCGCACGCUGUAUUUGAUUUCCAGUUCACCUGGGAACCGCUGCAGAACCUCUUUGUUCUUUUCUUUGUUAUUGUUUUGCUUUCACUCCUAUCCCUUUUUUUUCUAAAGCAAAAAAAGUCAAUUUUCCUGUUGUAUGGAUUGGCAUUUUUAAUGGCCAGUAGGGGGAAAAGUCUAACUUGUAUACAAUUUGCGCCAUCCGCUUAAUUUUGCACCAUCUUCAUUUGGUUGCUGAUAGCAUCUUCCUUGAAGAAACUUCUCAUUUGGCUCGGUUCCAAAUGAUUCCACGUGGAGUCAAUGCCUUUUCUGCCAAAUGAUGAUCCAGAAAGGGCGGGGCUUGCUGAUGCAGCCCUCAAUCCAGGGGAAGCCGCAGCACUUCUGUCGUGGUUGGUGUGUGUGUGUGGAGUGUGUGUGUUGGGGGGGCUAACAUAGAUUGUGCUUUGGUAGAACGCAAGAUCGCCAUCUGCCGCCUGCGUUUGCCACCGCAGAUGACAAAUGUUGGCUGCUGUUUAGGUUUUAUCUUAUAAAACCGGACAGACCAGGAUCCCCAACGUGGGUGCCGUGGCAUCCGCCAAUCCCUUUCCUUCUGCCCGCCACGUGUUUUUAGAAAAUGGGCAGGGCUUUUGCCCAGCCAGGCUUCUGAGUGGCCACGCGAAAUUCAAUUGCAGAUGUUUUAAAAUGUCGCUUUGGCUGCAGCUACCCCGCGAUACAAGGAUCUUUAUUGUGGGACUGAAGGUAAACCACGGCAACCAUUUUGUGGCUGCGUCCGCCACGCUGUGUCAGAAUUCCAAAAGUGCCCACCGGCUAGGACCCCUCUGAUGUGCCUCAGGGGCUGUUGAGUUGGGAAUGAUGUGAGGGAGGGAUGAAAACAGCAAUGUUUGAAUACAACUGGACGCUCCCCCUUCCAUUAGGGAACUCUCCUCAUUUUUAAAAGAACUGGAGGACGAGGUCUCUGAACACUCUGCAUGAAUGUCAUGUUUUUUUGUAAAAAUCAGUAGGUUAGGAAGUGGGAAAGUCUGCCAGGCGCUAUUUAAAUUAAUGUUAGCUAUACAGAUGUAUGCUUUUUUAAAGAUGCUGCAGUCCUACCCAAAAGCCAUUGUUAAACAGUUUGCUUUCUAUUUACCUGUCAGCAGCCAAAGCCUGUUGACUCCAGUACAAUUUGCACAUUUGGCAAAUAAGCAUUUGCGUGCCAUGCAGUCCUCCUUCCCCAGCACCAAACUAGCACAGCGUGGGGUUUCUGGGCAUGCAUUUUGAAGGAAUGAAGCGUAGCCAGACGGGGAUGGGGGGGGGUGGGGGUGCUGUGCCGCGUACCCAGAGGCACUUCUACAAUGCUCUUUCUUGCAAAUGUGGCUUUGUCGCCCUCUGUGGGCCACCCUGAGUAUUGCCGCUGCAGUUUCCCCCGCUUGGUUUCCAGUCCCGUCACGAAGGCUCAGUUGGCUGGGCUCUGAAAUCCACGGUUCAUGGGUUUGAGACUUCUGUAUGACACAUAUUCAGUUUUCACUGAAAUAAAGUUGUGGGGACAUUUCCGGAAUGCUGCCGUGAAUUCAGAAAUGUCGAAGUCAAGCACACGGGAGCCCAUCCUUUUCAAAUACCUGCGACAUCUGCCCACCUCGAGAAAUAGGAUAGCACAUUCAGUCCUCUGCCCUCAGGACGGGGUAACAUUAGGGUUAGAAUUUGUUUGGGUUUUGGCCAACUUUGAAGCUUGAUCCGGUUCCAGGCGAAUGUCACCGUGGCCUGUGACCCUGUGGCUAAAAGGUCAUAAAGCCACGGAGAGCAGAAUGAAAAAGACAGUGUGCCUUCCUUGAGUUUUCUGGUGGAUGUCAGCGGGGAGGAGGGUUGGUGCAUUUUCACCGAUUUAGGAUGCCCAUGUUUUUCCCUGCCAAAUGCUGUUGGGGGUUGCCUUUGAAACGUACCAGCUGUCUGUCUCCAGCACCUACUCUGUUUUUCUAAAAACUCAGUAGCAACAAGAAUAAAAGUUCCGUAACAACAA